AUGGAGGGCCACACGGAAUACGAGUUCAAGGACAACCUGAACAUAAAUAUAAUCAGGACGAACGAUGUGAAGAGGCGCUUCUACAGCUACACGGAGUACGUGCUCGAGUUCAAAGCGCUGAACAGCCAGAAGGUGUUGAAGAAAAGAUUUUCAGAUUUUGUGACUUUUUACGACCUACUAAAAAAUGAACUGCUGGACAAGUUUAGCGAAUAUCUGGAGAAGAUCUCCGUUUUGCCGUCAAAGCGGAUGUUCGGGCGAUUGAACUACAACUUUGUGGAGGAGAGGAGACAUCAGCUGGAGCUGUUCCUGAAACGCAUUUCCAGCCACAAGAACGUGUACCUGUGCGAUCGGUUCUACGACUUUCUGUGCCUAGACAACACUACCAAGUGCCUGUUCAAGCUGAUGUGCACGGAGAUGACUGACCUGGUGAACCUUCAGAAGUUAUUGAAGAAAAUAAAUUACAUCUUGUUCUUAUCCCGGAGCAACACGUUGAAGAGUGCGGAGUGCGACAUUAUAAACUUUUUGUUUCAUCUGAAGAAAAAUUUACAGCUGAACAAUGAAAUUAAGUUUUUCAUCCUGAACAUUUUUCUGCACCACCUGACCUACACCAAGACGCCUGAGAAUUUGCUCAAGGUCCCCCUGAUGAAGUUUGCCUUUGAGAUCAUAUACGAUAAUUUGCGUGGCGAGAACAUCAACGAGGUGCUGCUGAAGACCGCCUCAGAAACGAUUCUGCGAAUUGUGGACAAGAAAAACGACGUGUUUUUGGAGUACCUACAAAUAUACAACUUCAAAGAAAUAUUUUCCAUUUUCAAUAUCCUGAGUAAAAGAAGAAAAAGAAAAAAGGAGAAUAACAAAACAGAAAAUAUUUCCUUCAAUGUGUACAUAUUAAUGUCUCUCUUGCUCCUCUCUUCUAUCCACUUAAACGCAAUUCAAAAUUAUUUCUCUGUAAAAAAUAAGUGUAAUAAAGGAAUAGUGAUACUGGGUUAUAUGUACGAAAGUCAGAAUAUAAAUAUUCAAGUGAUCUGUUGCAUUAUUUUAUCUCUUUUAAUUAUGAAUGAAAAAAUAAAUGAUGAGGAGGUGGUACAGAAAACAAAAAUGUCCAUCUUGUUAAUACAAAAAGAGAUUCAGAAUCUGAAGGAUGUGGAUUACCAGCUGAUUGAAAUUAUUUGCAGCAAGAAGAAUAUGAGUUUGCUUAAUAACAUUUUGGUUACCCUUUUGAGGGGUAAAAGGGUUGUUCGCCAGAUCGGCUUAGGAGGAGUAGCAGGAGGAGCAGCAGGAGGAGUAGGAGAUGAAAAUGAAUUUUUUCGUGAAGCAGAGGAUAGUGUUGGGGGUGGUGCUUCGUGCUCCCCUCGUGGUAGUUUUUCUAUGGAGGGAAAUCCUCUCGAGAAAGAUCCCUUCUAUGAGCAAAAGGUAAAGCAUGCAGAUUUUUCCAACAACGACAUCAUUUUGCAGUUUAUCCUUUUCAUUAUUAACAUUGGAGUUAGUGAGUUCUUCCUCCUGAAGAGAAAUUACAAAGAUAGGAUGAAGUUGAAGCAGUUGCAGUUGAGGCAGAAGAAGCAACAGUUGAGGGAGGAGAGAUUGCGUAGGAAGAGGGAGAAGAAGGAACGUGCUAUGCUUAUGUUGAAGGAUGAAGGGAAUAUGGGUGCGCGUCGACUUCAAGGAGAUAAUGGUACUAAGGAUGAUGCAGAGGCGUCUUACCUGCGUGAGGAACAAAGGAAAGAGAAUCAACGGGUUUACAACUACGACAUUGAAAGUGUUGAUGAGGACUGUGUGUACAAGAGGGAGUAUGUUCCAUAUGAUUAUGCGUCUGGUAGAGAACCGUCGCCGAUGAAAGGGAGGGGACGAAGAAGGGGUGGAGCAGGACUGCAUGGAGGACUGCACGCGGGGAGAGAUAUUGGUCACCAGCGUGGAGGCACUGAUGGGGGCAGUGACUUGGAAGGAGAGGACGAUGAGCAAUGGGGUGAAGAAGGAGAUGUGGGUGAGGAUGGAGAUGAGGAGGAGGAGGAUGGUGAUACGGAUUUGACAGACGGUACUGAUGAAGAUAGUGAUGGGUCAGGUAGCAGCGCUGGCUCGGAAGACACGCUUCGUGGUGAUGGGGACGACGCAGGACAUGGGUUAGGGCGCGAGCACGCGCAGGUGAGAAGGGGACAAGGGGAGAAAGGGGAAGCGGAGGAUACGGCUUCCACGGUGAGCUCCUGCAUCUCGUCUUUGUAUUCCUUUUCGAGCGAUUGUACUAGUGGCGGCGAGAAGGAGGACACCGCGGGUGCGGAGAAGCACACAGGUGCAGAGAAGAGGGUGCCCCCAAUCGACAUUGACAUGAGCCCUGUGAGGGACGUGACGUACGAGGACGAUUUCAGCGUUGACUCGGGUAGCAUAAAGGACGACAUGGAGUACCUCGAGGGGGCAGAGCAUAAUAGUAGUAAUAAUAAUAAUAAUAAUAAUAUGAAAAAGAGUGCCGCACGAAGGAACAGAGGCGAUAGUAGCGCGGGUACGAGAAAGGACAAGGAGGAGGCUGCCGCUGCAUCUGAAAAGCCAGCGCAGGUAGAAGAAGGGAAGGUGGCAGAACCCGAUGCGACGAAGGAAUCAGAUGCAAUAGAAGCCAUAAAGGAAGAGAUAAGAGCACUUAGAGAUGCCAGGAAAAAAUAUGGAAAAAGGAUUAGAAGAAUUAACGAGCAGAUAUUGCUUAUCCUGUGUAAUGAAAACAUGGUGCAAAGUAUAUUUAAAUGUGCUAACCUAGAGAAUGAAAAAAUUCGAAUGUACGCUUGUUUGAUUUUGUCCUACGUACCUAACAUCAGUGAGGUGGUCGGUUGUACGUCCGUUACUCCAGGUGGUGGUGUGGGAGGUAGCAGUGGAGGCUACCUCAAGAUGUGUUGUAGCGAGGAUGGGCUGGGUGCAAGCACGAAUAGUAGUUUCCGCAUGGAGGGACCAGGAACAUCCAUUCCUCUGCCCGAGAUGCAAAUGGGAGAGUUUGCUCAGACGGAGAAGGGAAUUGGAGACGACAUUUGUGUGGUGGUAAAUGAAAGCGUUAUGUUAGAGAAGAAGAAUAAUAAGAAUUUUGUUUGUAGCGUCGAGGGAGACUACUACAAUUAUAUUUAUAGGUUUGAAAUUGUGAGCACUCUUCUGAGGUACCUGUUGAGCGACACGUCCUUUCAUGAUUACAUUUUACAAUAUUUGAAGAAGUUCAUUGAGGACCAUAGGCACCUUGUCAAUUUGAAUCACUUUAAGAUUAAGCAAACGGAACUGAUCAACAUGGUGUCCUUCAUGGAUAUGCGGAGGAAUGUUGGUGUAGGAGGGAGUGGUGAACAUGGUAGCAGGAGGAAGAAGAAGCAGAGGAAGGGGCGAAGCAGAGGUGGAAAGGGUAGGGCAGGCAGAGAUAGGAGUGAUUGUGAGGGGGGAGAUGUGAAGGAUACGAUGGUGAACAGUGGUGCAUCCAAGAUGGGAUUGGGCAAUGAGGGGGACAGGAGGACCCAAGCUGGUUCUUCAGCCGCAUCGGGUGUAGCGGGUGGAGUCGGCGCAGCGGGCGGAGGGGGGGCGCUAGUGCAGUACGAAACGAAGGAAGAGGAGAAGAAAAACAAUUACCAAUGUGUAGUGUAUGAACCAUCACAAAUAUAUGACCACAUGGAUUACGUGUUCCGCUACGUGACGAAUUUGAGGAAGCUGGGUUUGUUAAAUAAUUUAAUCGUGGAAAUGUACAAUAAUUUGAGGAAGAAGGUAAAGAAGGUGGAGUUACAAUUCAUAUUCGACACGCUGAAUAGGAAGGUCCAGCAGAGGGAACAGUUACGAAGAGACAUAUUCAGGUUGAAGGAAAAAUACGAAUUUGUAAAUGUAACAUAUAAUGAAUAUAUUAACUUGCAGUACGAAACGAAUAAACAAAUGGGAGUGAUGAACAAACUGCUCGAGGAGUUAGAAGAGAUUGAAAAGAGAAGAAGGAAAAGUGUAAAAAAUCACAAAGCUGUUCAUACAAAUGUAUGUAAUUACAGGAAAAAAUUAAUUCAUAUUGAAAAAAUGAUUGAGGAGAGUCCUUCUAUAAAGAAAUGUCUUCAUGAAGAAUUAAAUAAUAUAAAAAGGAAUGUAGCUUUAUACAAAAAGGAUAAAAAGAAAAUAUACUUGUUGAUUCUUCUUAAUAAGUUUUGCCUAGAUGAUUUCAACAGGGUUAAUAGCAAAUUAAAAUGCCUGAACACUUCUGUUUCAAAUUUGGAACUUCUUUUUAAUGAGUAUGAAAAGAAUAUAAAUGUGAUCGUGAGUGAGUUGAGUUACCUCAUUUGUAAUGACUUAAUUUUACUGGAACUCUUAGGAGACUUGAUUCACAUCACCGUGAACAACGACAAUUUGCCUCAUUUGAUUGCUCGUGCUAAUUGUAUAAAUAGCUUCAACCAGAAUGAUUUUACUGAAAAAAAGCUGCUCAUUGUGAAUAGGGACAGGGGUGGACCUGCUGGGGAGAAGAGGAAUAUUCUUCACUUUACACAGUCUAGUGACUUGAUGGGUGAGGAGGAAGAGUAUGGCUACUACGACGCUCGUGAUGGAAGGCGUGUGUCGGGGGUCGGGGCGACAAUUGCCCACAGGCCUCACCACCAUCCUCACCAUGCGCAUCACCACGCAGGAAGAAAUGUGAAUGGCAUGAAGGCUAACUGCCUCAACAGCAGCGAUAGUGACGUGGGGGGAGGGCGCGUGACGAAUGCAAAGCGGGUAGAGAGAAGGAAGCAGGAGAAUUUUUCACAACAGAACAGGGGUCGCGUUGUGGGUAGUGAUGAUGAAGACACUCUUUACCCUCAUGAGGGAAGCGAAUUGGAUGGGUCGGCGAGCAGGAGGAGAGGUGGUGGUGUGCAUGCGAGGGGUAAUGCGCUGUAUGAGGAUGAGGACCACAUGAGGGCGAUGCGUUACGGGCAGGCGUCCGGGGGUAGAGGUGGGGACCGCGUUGACCGGGGCGAAUUCUUAUCGCUAGGAAGUAGCAGCCACCAGAGCGCGUCCCACCGGCUGCGGGCCGAAGGAACGAGGUACGAGGAUGUAGGAAGACAGCAGCAGCUUCGCCGACAGGGACACCCAAGCAGGAGUGACCACCAUACCUAUGACGAUGAGGAGGACGAGGGGGCAGAUGGAGUCAUGAGUGAGUUCCAGGACAUGCACUCGAUGAACACUCAGGAUAGGAGGAACAAUAUCGGAGAGGACGAUCAGAAUAACGUUUAUGAAUGUGAUGACCUGGCAGACACUGAAUUUGUGUCGAGUGAUGAAGAGGAUGCAGAACUGAAGGAAAAGAUUCACGAGUACAAUACGUUUAAGAAUAAAGAAGUGAAGGGGGUCCAGCCGGAUCAAGUGAGUAUCGACCGCCAUGCCCUUACGAGAGAAGUGUUUGAACAAAUGCUACAGGUUAUAAAGGCCAGGAAGAGGGAGCUUGAAAAAAUAAUGUCCAGCGAGAACAACCAGGUGUAUAAGAACAUUCACAAGUUCAACUCGCUUUUGAACAAAUGUAACACACAGAUCGAGCUGCAUAAGAAGCAGUAUGGGCAGGUGACUCAACAGAUCGCCUCCAUCAACACGAGCUCCAUGGUGAAGAAGUCGGAGUCCAUUUACAAGGCCAUUCGGGAAUGGGACGACAAGAUAAACCUGCUGAACGAGGAAGUGAAAGUUGUGGAAGGCGAGAAGAAGGAGAAGCAGAAGGAGAUCGCUCUGCAUAAAAAAAAGCUAGACAAAAAGGAGAAGGAGAAAAGCCAAAAGAAGGAAGAACUGCGACUGUUGGUGACCAACAUGUAUAAACACAAUAAUUAUAUAAAGAAAAGGUUCAAGCGGGAGCAGAAGGUUGUGCUGCUCGUACUCUACAACUCGUGGUUCAUGUUCCAUUACAUAUACAUAAUAUACCUGAACACACUCAAAUUAAAAAACUACCUCGCGUACAAGCACAGCAUAAGUGAGGAGUGCCAGGCCUCUGCCAAGCAGACCAUCAACAACAUCAGCCAGUUCUCCGAGUUGCUCGACGAAAAUGAUUAUUGA